CCCUGUGUGUGGCAUUUUGAGAGACCAUGUGACUGUGGCACUGUGGGAGAUUGUGUGUUGAGCACAGGUUGUUUGUGAGACUGUGUGGGCAAACCAUGUGACACAGUGAGAUAUUGUGCAUCUCUGUGCGAGGGACUGGGAGUGUGAGUCUGUGUUGAGAGGAGUCGUCUAUAAGGGGGUGACACUGAGAUGGCAGCCAUGUCCAACAACAUGGCCAAGAUCGCGGAGGCCCGCAAGACCGUGGAACAGCUGAAGCUGGAAGUGAACAUCGACCGCAUGAAGGUGUCGCAGGCAGCGGCCGAGCUACUGGCCUUCUGCGAGACGCAUGCCAAAGACGACCCGCUGGUGACGCCGGUACCGGCCGCAGAGAACCCCUUCCGCGACAAGCGCCUCUUUUGCAUCCUGCUCUGAGCCUACCUGAGAGCUUAUCCUCCCCUGCCAAAGUAUGAAUCCAAUAAAC